UGUCUCAGCUCAACCCAGCAGCUGGACAGCCCUGGUACUCAUUGGGCGCAUUAGCUACCAUGCUGUGGACAGCCCCAGGACCAGGAGCUGGACUGCAUGCCAGGGCCUCGGUCCAGCAGCUGUACGCAGACUUCAAGAAGCCGUCGUUGCGGUGCCGCAAGCUGGUCAACAUGGGAGGCCAGGGCUGCACUCGGCGAUACGAAGGCAAUAAAGACGUGUGCCUGGACACGGCGGUGGCACCGCCCCGGAACGCGUGUUUGGUCUACAGCUUCGGCGUGGCGGACGACGUGACAUUCGAGGACAGUAUUGCGGCGCUGCUGAACUGCGAGGCACAUCUCUACGACCCCACCAUAUACAUGAUGGGCUGGCACCUGGAAAAAUCCCGGUACCGGCAGCACUUCCAUCCAGAAGCUCUCUCCUCACGUCCAAUUGUGGGCCAGAUCCUUAGUGCCGUCGCUGUCAUGAAGACCUUCGACACGUUGCUGUCCCAGAACCAUCACUCCGAUGCCAUCAUCCAUUAUUUGAAGAUAGACAUCGAGGGGCACGAGUGGCAGCGUUCAAUAAAAAUUAUCCAACACAAUGUGCAAACUUGGACCAACAAAAAGUUCGCACUCGCCAACAUCUACAACAACAUCGACCCUGAUAUCAUUCUGCUGAACGACCAUUCCCUCACUAACAGCACUCCUCUGAAAAUCUUCAACUACCACACACACACAACCAAUAAAGACAGCGCCCAACCCGCCGGUGCUGCCGUCGCUGUCAAGAGUCACAUUCCCUACAAGUUACACGACAACUUCCAUUCUGAUAUGCUAGCCGUAACAAUAGACACCCUACAAGAACCUAUCACUAUAGGAACCACGUACAUCCCUCCCCGAACCGGUUACCUAAACUUCAUAGACUUCCGCACCCUCAUUAACAGACCGCAUCUGGUUUACCUUUUCGCCGAUUUGAACGCUAACCAUCCCUCGCUGGGAAACUCCAGAUCCAACCUCACAGGCAGACAGCUACACACGCUUAUCGCACAAAACAAAUGCUGUCACAUAGUUUACCAAAUUUUCCAAGGCGGGGAAGGGGUUCUCAUCAGCGGCGGAGGUUCGGUGUUGGGGAUCGGAAAUGACAUCGGUGGGAGCAUCCGCCUGCCCGCCAGCUGGUGUGGAGUGGUGGGCAUCAAACCCACCGCUAAGAGGAUGUCUAGGAGGGGACUCGUCGGGGCUGUCAGGCCUGUUGGAAUAUUUGGAACCAGCGGCUUAAUGGGCAAAGACGGGGCUUUUGUGGCCGAGGCGACCAAGGCGCUUUUUUCCGUGGCCGACUUCCAUGCCUGCGAUCCAGAGGUGCCGCCUCUGCCCUGGAACGACAGCGUCUACCUGUCCAAGAAGGCCCUCCGUGUCGGAUGGUUCGACUCGAUAUCCCUUUUCCCCAGCACCCCGGGGGUGAAGCGCGCUGUGGCGCAAGCCGUGGCGGCCUUCGAGGCUCUAGGCCACGAAGUGGUCGCGUUUCCUGAGCAAAAUUGGAUGGAAAUCAUCGAUAUUUUCGUUCAGUUACUCCUAGCAGACCGAGGGGAGUUUACAGACUUUCUGCUGGAUGGCGAAACUGUAGACGAAGAACUUUUGUGGUACAAAUCGGUUACUGCGGUGCCGCCCGAACAAACUGAAGAUCGUUGUCCCGAACUCAAACGACAGUUUGGAGGCGUAGCUGUCCAGCACAGCUUUGGCAGAUUAUCUAGCUGCACAGAUUUGUGGAAGAAGAUGAUAGAGAGAAGCGUGUUUGUCAACACAUUUUACCAAAACUGGAAGUCAAAUGGGCUGGACCUGCUAUUAUGUCCAAUCUUUCCAUCUCCUGCACCCAAGACUGAGCAAGUCGGAAUGUUGAGUUUCUCUCUGGUGCUGACCCAGAUGUUCAACGUCAUGGACUACCCCGCUGCUGCCGUGCCUGUCACUCGGCAAACCCAAGAAGACGAACUAAACAUUGCCAACUAUUCCUGCACCGACAAAAUGCAUGAUCUAAUUAAACAAGUUGGUUUUAUGUGGCAUUUCAUCUCGAGUGAUGUGUUUCAUUAAAACUGUGCGAAAUUGAAUCA